GGUGUAUAACUUCUCCUUCUUUAUCACUCUCUUUCUCUUUCUUCCUUCCUCUUGCUCUUUCUUUCGAUCUCUGUGUGUCCUUGAUAUGGCGGAGACAGUGAUGGACUUAAAAAUCCCAUGGGAUCCGUUCUGCUCUGAAGCCAAAGCGAUAGACGCAUUCCCUUCGAUCUUCUCUGAUUCUAUGAUUCUCGCUCCACGGAACAGCAGAAGCGCCGAGGAUUUACAUAUGUACACCGUAAACGCGAAGCGUUAACGCAUCGAAGGCACGGACUGGAGAACGGAACGAGUUGUUUCAUUAAACACACGCUGUGCCUAUGAAACGUUACAUUUUAAGUGUGUGCCGACACGGUGCGUGACGACGAUGUGGUUCCCACAAUAAAGGAGCCGGGAUAUGUUUACCAAUUAUACAUAUGUAUAUGCGACCAUAGGAACGAACACGUCCGGCCGUGAUGUUGCAGGAAAAAUUCCUGGCUGCUUUGUUUAAAUUGUAAUUGUGAUACUUGAAACAAUGCUAAAAAUUUCGAUGAAUUCUUUAAGAAAAGUACAAUGCCAAAAGACGGAAGAGAGGAAGGGUAAUUACAGCCUUUUCCACACACUUUUUCUUCAAAACCUGUUAUUAUAUUUAAAGACAUUAAAAUUGAUAGUAAUAAUUAUGAUUGAAUAAAGUCUGUUUAAUAAAUUCUUAAUCCAAUAAAAUAUACAACUAUUUCUUUUCUUUCUUUUAAUAUCAUGCUUUGGGAAAACAAAUAACAGUCUGACAAAUUAAAGUAAGGAACAGAUUUUCUGAUAAAGUAAAAUAAUUGAAUAUAUAUGCAAAGUCUCAUUCAUUUACAAUUUUUAUUUGCUUCUUGGACGUAUCGUUAGAAGUCUUUCGAGUGUGAUAAAUAUGGAUAAACGUCUGUUAGCAUUAAUAAUAUCGUAUAAAGUUCAUGUUAAUCACAUGCCCAUAUAAUAAUUCUGUAAUAAUAUAUAAUUUUCGAUCUUUACGUAGCCUUACUAAUGGAAGUCCUGAAUUUUUAUAAGCUUAGAGGGCGGUACAUUGCAGAACUGCAUCAAAAGUACUGUACCGAUCAAAGUAUUCUGCUUUUAUUACUAAAACAAUUUUUUUAAUUUGUGACGUUAUAAGACAUUUUUGUUUAAUUAAGGCGUAAAUUAUGUACAUAUAUAUAUAUGUAUGUGUGUGUGUAUGUAACACGUAAAUAAAUAAAUUACCUACUGAUACAUAAAUAUAUAAUUUUAUAUUCAAUGUAUUUUCCAUGAAACUACCUUUUAGUCCAGAAACAUUAAAUUCCUUUGAAAUCCAAAAAGAAGAAAUUUUGGCCGACGCGUAUUAUGUAUAAAUUCAACUUAAUCACCUUUGCGAAAAAUAUAAAAAGAACCGUUACAGUCCUGCGAGAUAUUUUUAAAUUCUAAUUCUGCUAUGUUGCGAGAUGGAAUGAAGUUACGUUCGCUACACCGGUCCUCCGGAAGAAGCACGCCAAGGCGCCACCUAUCUUGCUGUUAUGAUGCGCUGGGAAGGUAGCUGCUCUCGUUGCGGACGAAGUUAGUUGGCUGUGAUCGCUAUAUAUUUGAGAAAAAGAUUAUGAUGGCAAGCAAGGCGUGGAAGGUUAGUAACGUGACUUUGACGGUUCCUCCUCCAUCUCGGUCCAUCUCUUCGAAAUUUCCGUCGCGCGAGGCGGCGACGAUCGCGUUCUCGCGCGAGGUUACGCAAGGUUAUGCCGCAGGUAACGUGCAUCUUUUUGCAGGUAGUCCAACCGCACGUGCCGCUGAUCAAGUUCCGCAAGGGCACCCAUAAUCCAGUGGCAGGCGCGACGGCGGCGCCAUCUGCACGGCCAGUGCCGACCCAGCAGUCGCAGAGCACGGGCAGCGCGACGGGCCCCGGCGUGAUCGCACUGCCGACGAUAGAAGACGUUUACCUGCCGCCGCGAUACCAGAGACGACCGAUAGACCAGAGGGAAAUUGAUUAUAUCAACCGUGGCGGACCGGAAUGAGCUCGAAGGAUCACUUAGGAUAUCGUCAGCUACACACAGGUUGAACAUUUGCGUUUAUUAAUGAUGUACUGUUUAAAUAAAGGGAUGCGGUAGAAAGGU